AUGAACAAUAGGAUUUGUUUUAGUUUGACCUGUAAGAGUUUGUUUAGUAGAAGAGAUAAAUAUCUAUUGUUCAAUUUUGAUUACGAUGAUUCAUUUCAUCUGAAUAAGCAUAGUUUUAACGAAUUCUACUUACGUUCAUUUAUAGAACAAGCCUUAAAAUCAAUAUCCGGUAAAACAACAUUAAAUCUAACAGAUGAAAUCGAUAUCGAUAAUGUCGAUAUAGAUCAAACUAUCGAUUAUAUUAGAUUCGAAAAGAAAGCAAACCUAUGUAGAUUAGAAGAGUCUUUUAUUGAGAAGCUAAAGAAAUCAAAUGUUACAAAGUUAUUGUUGACCAACAAUGUCGAACUAAAUUUUCAACGAUUCCCAAAUUGUAUAAAGACUUUGAAGAUUGGAUCGUUCAACGUGAAUAUGAAGCUGUUGCCAGAGGAGUUGGAGCGGCUCUAUUAUGUUUCACUGGGGAGCCCACAAGUACAACCAGAUUGCUUACCGCAAUCAUUGACAUACCUCGAGAUAUCUGGUCGUUACUUGACAAACAAUCCCGUUGCAUUACCACCCAAGCUACUGGAGCUUAAACUGUCGUCCACCGAGAUGGAAAUCAACGAAUCUUUGCCAUUGCCACCACAGCUGAGCAGUGUAGUCAUUCAUUCAAGAUGGUUAAAUUACUUUAAAUCUACAACAACGAUCACCUCAAUGGUUCUCUAUCUAUCAAACUACACACUCAAGGUUGGCGAUAUUCCAGAGUGUGUUCGACACCUAACACUCAAGUUGGACUACAGUAGCGAUACCGUUGAGUUGGUGCAUGGCUUGUUUCCAUCAAAGCUUGAGACUCUUAUUCCCGAGAGUUUCAAUGGCGAUCUCUUUGUCACUUGUGAACAGCUAUUUGCCAAAGGUUGCAACCAACUCAAUAAGCUGAUACUAAGCGCUCACUAUGCACAUCCACUGACCGACCGAUCGAUACCAGCUUCAGUUGAAUCAAUUGACUUUGAUACCUACUAUCAAAAUGUACCAAUCGAUUUUGUGUUGGUUGGAUUAAGAUUUGAUAAAUAA